UGCUUCGCUGUUUAGUCUGCUUGCGGGUCGGGCCGGAGCAGCUUGCUUUGUGUAGUGCAUAGUGUGUGUGUGGCUUUAUAGCAGGAAGCGGCGGUGCGAUGUCAAAUUUCCGUCGUUCCAGUGUUUUGUAGUGUAGUAGCAGUAGCGCCGCGCCGUAGCUUAGGAUGACCCGGCGGGCCCAGCACUGACGUCACAGCGCCAGCCGCCGCCGCCAGCAGCACCGCAUCAUGUCCAAGACCAUCAACGCCUACAGAGUGAAGAAGAUUGAGUCGAUCGGCAAGAUGACGCAGAUGACGCAGGAGGAGAUCGUGACGAACACGAAGACGGUGGUGCAGGGCCUGGAGGCGCUCAAGAACGAGAUCAACUCGAUCCUGAACGGGCUGUCGCCGGCGCUGGAGCCACAGGGGCCGGCCGGCUCCCCCGACCACGCGGGCGCCGAGAAGGCGGGGCUCGUCCGCAAGUUCCUCGACACCAUAGAGCUGGGCCUGGGCGAGGCGCAGGUUAUGACAGCAUUAUCUGCUCAUCUGCAAGUUGUGGAAGCAGAGAAGCAGAAACUACGCACUCAGGUUCGGCGCUUGUGCCAGGAGAACGCUUGGCUGCGUGACGAGCUGGCCAACACUCAGCAGAAGCUGCAGGCUUCGGAGCAGGCCGUUGCACAACUGGAGGAGGAGAAGAAGCACUUGGAGUUCAUGGCCUCCAUCCGCAAAUACGAUCAAGAUGUCUCGGGUGAUGACUCUAGUUCGGAGACGAAGCAAGAUAAGCCGAAGAUUGAUGAUCCUGUAGUAGACCUUUUCCCUGAUGAGGACACAGAUGAAAGAAACACCAUGUCACCCACACCUCCAACCUUGGCUACCCAAAUGGCUGUGGGGUACGAGAUACCAGCACGGUUGAGGACACUACACAACCUAGUUAUCCAGUACGCAUCACAAGGACGCUAUGAGGUGGCCGUGCCUCUCUGCAAGCAAGCUCUGGAAGACCUGGAGAAGACCAGUGGCCAUGACCACCCAGAUGUGGCCACUAUGCUCAAUAUCCUGGCUCUCGUUUACAGGGACCAGAACAAGUACAAGGAAGCAGCAAACUUGUUGAACGAUGCCCUUAACAUCAGAGAGAUGACCCUGGGAGAGAACCAUCCAGCGGUUGCAGCAACAUUGAAUAAUUUAGCUGUUCUUUAUGGCAAGAGGGGUAAGUACCGAGAAGCUGAACCCCUGUGCAAAAGAGCCCUCGAGAUCAGAGAGAAAGUACUUGGCCGCGAGCAUCCAGAUGUGGCUAAGCAGCUCAACAAUCUAGCUCUGCUGUGUCAGAAUCAGGGCAAGUAUGAAGAGGUGGAACGGUAUUACCAGAGAGCUCUGGAGAUAUACGAAGCCAAGUUGGGUCCUGAUGACCCAAAUGUUGCGAAGACAAAGAAUAAUCUGGCAUCAUGUUACCUGAAACAAGGCAAAUACAAGGAAGCUGAGAUUUUGUACAAACAAGUGUUGACUCGUGCCCACGAGCGUGAGUUUGGGGCCAUUGAUGGUGAUAACAAGCCGAUUUGGCAAGUGGCCGAGGAGCGAGAGGAGAACAAAUGUCGUAACAAGGAAAAUGUCCCUUACGGCGAGUACGGAGGAUGGCACAAAGCUGCCAAAGUGGAUUCACCGACGGUGACGACGACACUGAAAAACCUCGGUGCCCUCUACCGGCGACAGGGCAAGUACGAAGCGGCAGAGACCCUGGAAGACUGCGCCCUGCGCUCACGCAAGGAGGGACUGGACUUCGUGAAACAGGCAAAGGUGGCUCAAAUCCUCAGCGAGUCCGGAGAGAGGCGCCGCAGCGGCUCUUCAGGAAAGGAGCGCAACAGUCGCCGUGGCUCGCGCGAGUCCCUCGACUCGAUGCAGUACGAAACGGGAGAAGAGACGGCUGCACCCAUUGGUAUUGUACAGAGAACACAGGAAGGCGGGCAGUCCGACACCCGACAGGGAGGGUUAAAGACCAAACUCUUGAACGCUCUCGGACUGCACACUUCGUGAACGAAUGGGAAAGUCUGUGCAUUUGGCGUAACACUUAAGAAAUGACUGGAAAAGUUCCUUCCAGUUGUGUCCGUAAAGUGAACUUUUAUUGUAAUUAAUGUAGCUGUAAGUUAUUGACGUGAAACCGUGUAGGAUGCUAAAAGUGGCUAUAAAGUGCUGUUUUUCUAGAUUUUAUUGAUUUACUUUCCUGUUUUACUUCUAAAGCUGAUGAUUUUAUUGUAUUCUGUAAAUGAAGAAAUGUAACAAAUGGUGCAAACUCGAUAACUAGGGGUGUGGGUGUAAACAGUUUGUGAGAUAUUCCCUCUUCAUUACUUAUGUACUUCACUACAGUGUUGAAAAUAGUUAAAUUGCUGACAGCUUAAAGAAAUUUCAUUUACUUUGCACAUAUUUUGUGGUGCAUUAUAACAGAAACAGCCGCAUGUGGUAUUUGCUAUACGGAUAAUAAUUGUUCACCCAGUUAUCUUAAAAGUCCAGAUAAAGUUUCCAGAUUCUCUCCAAAGCCUAUUUUGUCCAUUUGGUUUCUUUCUAAGACAAAAGUAUUCCACUAUUCUUUCUGCCCAGCCUUCCUGUGUUGCAGUAAAUUAAGUUUUAAUUGAAGGGGCAGUGGAAGACAAUGCUAACCCUCAAUUUAGCAAGGAUUGCCCUUUUCGUGAUGUCUGCUUUUCAGAUGCUCCACACUAAAGGAAAAAUUAGUUCCCAUUGUACUAUUAGAAAGAAUUUCCUAGUAUUCAAAUUGUUUUACCUUGUUGUACUUCAUAUAGGCUGACUUUAACCAGUAACUCAGAAUUAUGCUCUCAGGCUAGCACACUCUUCCGCAGACCUGUCAAAUUAGAACUUCCUUUUCCUGUGCCGCGCAGGUAGUGCACCAGCAGUUGUGCUCCUGCAAAGGCUACUGGAGAUCUUCCUUCCAGAUGGCACUCGGUGGCCUCUAAUAAUCUUUCCCUGGGUACUAUUGUCCAUAGUGACAUUAUUUAAUAAAAAUGUGUCUCAGCUCUGUGUAGGUAAACACUUAGCAAAUGGGACCAGCUGACGUUGAAGUAUGUCAGUCAAAGAAAAACUCUGUUCCAACAUGUGAACAAUGAUACUGUGAAGUGUAAUGGAUUACGAAUUUUAAUUUUAGCACUUAUUACACCUGUGGGACAUAUUACAAAUUAUGUAAAAUGUAUAUGAAUUUAUAGCAGGCAUUAACUUUAAAAAAUUUGACCAUCCUGUUCAUAAGUAGUUUGGCAACAGUGUGGAAUUUUUUACUUUUAUUUUCUAUCAGUUGUAUUUAACUAAGUGAACAAAAAUACUUCAUAUAGCUCAGUAUUCGUGCAUUGCUUUGUAAUGUGAUCUACACAAACAUAUUGACAAGUCUCUUGGUGCAUUAAUGUAAUUUCAACACUGGGGUUAAUCUUACCCAUCACCUUUAGUGUCCAGAGAGUACUAUCUGAGAUACUAUUACAAGAAAAGUGGUUUUAUUUGCUGUUGGUGAUUGAAUCUCCUGUCACAGUUGUAGCACAAUAUCCUUAAGCGGGUUUUUGUGAUACACCAGAGCAGUCCAGUGUCACUUCUAUACAGUUGAUUCCCUUCGUGUCUGCGGUUGUACUGAAGUCUUGGAAUCGUGUUUGUAUGUGACUCACUGAAAAGCGUGCACUAUUUGAUCACUAAUUUUUAGGUAAUAUGAUUUCCAACAGAUACUUUGCUGUCUCCAUUUCGUUUGUGUUUAUUCAGCUGUCUGUAGCCCACUCUUCAAAAGGCUGUUAGUACAAAUACUAAAAAAAAAGUGCAGGCUGACAACUUGCUCGAAGCAUAAAUUCUUUCAGAAAUGUCACUGUGUAUUCAGUCCGCCUGCUUAGCUGGGUGGUAAUGUGCUCGCCUCCCGUGCAAACGGGCCCGGAUUCGAUUCCCAACCAGGUUUGGAGAUUUUCUCUGCUCGUGGAUUGGGUGUCGUGUGUUGUCCUCGUCAUUUCGUCCUCAUCACCAGCACGCAAGUCGCCCAAUGUGGCGUCGACUGCAAUAAGACCUGCACCUGGUGGCAUCCUGGCCAACUGUGCUGUACGCUCAUUUCCAUUGUGUAUUCCGUGUGGCAUUUUCGUUGCAUUUGUGGAAUAGUUUUUAAAACAUUAAUCUUACCUUGGAUAUUUCCAGCCUAGAAGUUUUGGACUGGUAGAAUAAAAGUUACUGUGUUGCAAAGCCAUCUAAAAUUUCCAAAUUGGUGCUGCAAUCUGAUAGUGAGUUUGACAAAAGUAUUGGGCAUCUCCUCAGAUCACGUACUGUGAAUGCUUUGAAAUUCAAUGGAAAAACUCUUGUUGGUUGAGGUAAUUCAGCAGCACUUGUUUUAAUUUUUUGUACCACUUCAGUGAAAUCCAAAUUUUGGAAGUACCAGGAUGGAAACAAUUAACAAGAGAUACAAAAGGCAACCACUCGCCCAUAGUAUAUUGACAAGUGGCACACACAGACAGCAGCACUGACUUGUUACUAGCUUUCUAGCUGCAACUUCAUGUUUCAGAAUAAACAAAAGACACUCAUAUGCAGCUCUUGGCCACAGCCUUUGUCAGUAAAAGGGGGGGCGGAGAGAGGGGGGGGGGGGGGAGAGAGAGAGAGAGAGAGAGAGAGAGAGAGAGAGAGAGAGAGAGAGAUGUGCACAAGCAAGCACACCUUGUGCACACAUGUCCUUCAACUCCAGCAUCUCAGGUCGGAAUGCCAGUCAGUGUCUUGUAAUUCUGCCUGUCUGCAACUUGACAUGUCUUCUUUAUGUCGAGUAGCGAUCUGUCUUUUCCAACAUUGUUAAUACUCCUACCUGGAGUUUCCAUUGUCUGGUUUUUCAGUGUAAAUACCCUCACAGACACAAUGAACAACUCGCCAGCAGCUGUGUUAACACACACUCUACUAACAUCUCUGUGCUUUUAUGUGUUUGUACGUGCCACACACCAGUCGACUGCAGGAGUGCGAUUGUCACUCUCAUUUUUACAUCACGAGUUUCAGUUUUGAUCAAAGAGAAAACGCUGCAGGUGGCAUAAUUUUGUAGCAGGGUUCUUGAUGAAAGCAUCAUCAUUUGAUGAAAUUUUCUGUCUUCCUGUAUCACAUUCAUAUUUAUUUGCAAUAUUUGUCUUUUGUCAUACAUUCCUUUUUGUCUAACUGGUUGAGUUCCUUCGAGAUGGGGCAAAUUAUGUGUGUGUAUUUGAUCUUGCCCGGCAUCUAUGUAAACCUUUUUGCUUAGGUGACUUUUUAUUUAUUUCAUUAGAUGUGUUGCUCAGUUGUACCAAUAACGUUGUACAUUGUCUCCCCCACCCCCACACCGCACCCCCAACCAUUUCACCUCUCACCCACUGUCCACAGCUGCAAGGGUAGGGGGGCAGUUACGUUUACCCUUAUUUGAAUUUUUUUUUUUAGAGUUCCAAUAUAAACCUAUCAUUUCACAACUGUGAGAUGAAUAAUAUUAUCAGCAUUUAAAAUGUUUGACAACAGUUCUUAAUGAGAGAUUUUCUAUUUGGCAUCUUUCUUUCAAAUAGUAUUCAUUGUGUGAAUUAGUGCAGAGACAAUAAUUAGACAUCACGAGAGUUGCAAGUUCAGAAAUUUACUCAUCCGUGAGAGUUGCAAGAGUCUACGGUUCUCUAUUAUCUGUUUAUUUUGUUGCCUCACUUUCAGAAAAUAAAAUCAUUCCUGCUAAUCAUUAUACAGCACUUUGUUACACUUUUUCGCUGUUUCUGACCAUUAGGCAGUGUGUAGCUGUGUAUUUAGUUUGUGCUCCUGUUUUGCCUUGCAUCAUUUGCAUGCAGAUUUAUCUCUAACUUGGUCAACCAGUUAUUAUGCAGCUUACAGACUUCUGAGUUCCUACUAUGCCUGUAUUUUCAAUAGUUUAUGGUUUAGUAUCCUAGUGAACCCUCCGUCCCCCCCUUCACCAACCUCCUCCUCCACGUCUCCCCCCCGUCUCCCCCCCCCCCCCUCUCUCUCUCUCUCUCUCUCUCUCUCUCUCUCUCUCUCUCUCGGGACCAACUAAGUAAGUAAAGAAGCUGGUUUUUUAUUGUCAUCCCUCUGAAUUUGGCAAAAUGUGGCAAUAACGUUUGUGACUGUAUUAGCUGUUGAAUUUUGCACAUGGUGAAUGGGACAUUUUGGUUAAUGGAAGCUAAUAAAUACAAUUUACUGGUGUCUCUUAGAACAUUUUUCUCAUAUUCUUAGACGGUCUGAGGAGGAAACCUCACAAACUGUUUGCACAUAUCUAAUCAAAUUUUCUUCAUUGGAGAUUUUCUCCUAUCAUUCCUUUGGAAAGAAUGUAGUUACUUCUAGCGAUGUCUCGAUUGUUGACCCAAUUUUUAUACCUUCCUGUUUGCAAUUUUAUACUAAAUAUAAGUGUUACGAACAGUACAUACCAUUACAGUAUACGAUUUCUGAGACAGGAGUUUUUGCCUUCACUCGCCAAAAGCAUAGUACAGCUUCUUGUGAAUUGUAUUUGUAGCUACUUUUAUGUAUCUGUGUAGUUAAAUUUAUGAAGCUCUCCAGCUGGCAACCAUUUCAGUGCAAUUGCGAUUUCUAUCAGAUUUCUCAUUCUUAUCCUUGCCACUUGCUUUUGGUAAGUGGUGGCUUCUUGCCCUGUCUCAUUGUAAAAAAAAAAAAAAAAAAAAAAAAAACACAGUUACGAAGGUAAUGGAAAUGCAGUAUUUGUAUGUCUUCCGAAGGUGUGUUGAAUGCAGAUGUGUACUACCAAGUACUGAAUGACUUAUGUUACACAAAGUAAUUUACUUCUGUAUUCUUGUGGUCUUACAUUCAGACAUGUGCACAAUAUUUUUCACUGUUUAGUUUGUAAAUCUAGCUGGGUAUUAGUAAUAGAAAUCAGUUGUUUAUCUGAUAAUGAGUGUAAGUUUAUUUUUUUGAAAACUACUUACAGUUUAAUUGCCUGUAGAGGCUUUUGGUUGUGUCAUAGUUGAUAGUGUGACUGGUUCUUUUGAGCGACUGAUUUUAAAAAUGUUGUUCUAUGAUAGAUUGCUCCAGAAGACAUUUUGUUCGGUAAUGAUUGAAAUUGGUGAAAUACAUAGUGGUGCUUAAUGUGACAGAUGCCUGUUGAUCUUGCCAUGUAUAUUUCAAUUGAUAAUGUUGAUGUACAGUAAUUGUAAAAGAAGUGUUUGUGGCUUCCAUUCUUUUAGUAAGUCUGCGGUUAGCUAACAUUGCAGAUUUUAGCAGGAAGCAAUUUCAGGCUUUAAUUCCAAUGAUUUGGACAAUUAUUUUCUGUGAUGUCCUCAUGUUGCUUCCAUUGUAUUUGCAGUUGGAAUCCUGAUAUUGUAUUGUUGAGAUACUUUGUGAAUACUGUUGAACUGCUUCAAAGCUUUUAUUAAUAUUGUUGUUAACUGUAAUAAGAAAAUGACUAGUGAGGAGUUGAUUAUCAAAAAACCAUAAUAGCUAUAGAGCUGUUUAAAGUAAAAAUUCUUUGCCAACGAAGAAGGGAAUGAAUAAAAUGUUUGAUGUCUCGGAGUGGAUGUGACCUGCUAUUUACAGAUAGUGGACAUUUGUUUGUUUGCAGAAUUUGGUAAAAUUUGGAAGUGGUCUUACAUCUUGCAUUAUUUGUAAUUGCUUGAAGACAAAUCUUUUUAAAAAUUCUUUUAUUUUGGCACUUUGCCUGAUUUAUUUUAUUGUAAUUAUUUAUAAAAUACAUUCUUUCAUUAUUACUGCAUUCUGUUUCCUCCUCACAUGGUUACUACGGGACAUAGUAGUCUGCUGAAGGCUAUUUUUCAUGUUUUGCUCUUCACAUUUUCUUUAUUGUGCCAUAUGCAUAAAACUGGAAUGCACACACAGAUAUUUUUGCAUGCUAGUUAUUUCUCAGUUUGAAAUGAGGAAAUUAAUGUUCGAUGGGAUGGAUUGACUGACUGCUAUAACUGAGCCUCCAAACAUAUCGAAAAUCACCCAUUAAUAGUGUGUGUAGCUUUUGUUUCUAGAUUUAUUUUGUCACUGUUUUAUUUGAAUGCGAGAGGGCGAGAGGGGGUGGGAGGGACCAAGGGUAUUAAGAUAGUGGCAAUAUAGGUUGAAGAGUAACCCAAACUUCAGAAGGCAGUUCAAAGGUUAGCUUCUGUAAGGGCGAAUACCAAUUUGUAGAUAGUGCAUCUUGGCUGGCUUCAUAAUUUAACUUGCUGAAACUGUUCCUGAGAAACAUUUUUAGCAGCACAGAAACAUCUUGUUCAUGAUGGCUAUAUUUAAAUUUAAUGUAACUGAACUCAGAUUAUGUCAAUCGUACUGACACUGGAUUGGGUAUCUCCUUGUAAUCUUCAGCUGUAUAGAACACACAGCCUUCAGCAGCCACUGAUGUUUGUGGUAAAUGAAAUCAAUAAAACCUCUGAAAAGUGCAUAAUUUUGCUGGUUAAUAGUCUCUAUUCAGUAGCAUCUCAAAGGUUGUAAUUUUUUGUUGUAUUUUUGUUUUUAAUAAAAUAUUUUGUUAUUGAA